AUGGACUCUUGAAGCUAUUGGUUCACUGGAACCAAGAUUAAGUGCACUAGAAGAUGAUUUUGAGGAGGAGGAAGAAAAAGAAGAGGAUGACCAAAUGGCUGGAUUAGAAGAUGGGGGUCAUGAAAAGGAUUAUUAUCGUGAGAGAAGCCCCACAAGGGAAAGAGAGAGGGAUAGAAAACGAGACAGUCACAAAUACAG